GCCCUUCCCUACACCAAGUGCCGUGGUCCCGCCGCUGUAAUUGGAUGUGACCCUAUCGAAGGCCUUCAGAUGAACGCAAUCGACUAGACCGCAAGGAGAAGGUCUUUGUAAGGACUAUCAAACCGGGGAAGAGGUGGCUGAUCCAGAGCUUCGGUGCCGGGUUUCCCAGAAACACAUGGUGAAUAAAUACAAGGCGACUUUCCCCAUGUCCUUAGCGUUGUAGUACCAUAUCCCACCGUAUUCUGUCUUUACUUUCUUCUACACCCUCUUUCAUCAUGGUUGCGUUUCUCCAACUUCUUACAUUCGCCGUAGCGGUUGCCGCAGCUCCGGCUGAGGUUUCCCUCGACGUCGACAAGAACUGCAAUGGCAAGUUCGCUAGAACUCGCCCUUCUUCCAAGUCGCUGGUCGUCGAUGCUUCCGGCAAGCAACCCAACAGCUACCCCACGCUCAACGGCGCCGUCGCCUCCCUGAAGAACGUUACCGACGAGCAGAGCAUCUUCAUCAUGCCCGGCACCUACACUGAGCAGGUCCGCAUCCCCAACUACCUCGGCAACCUCGUCAUCCAGGGAUACACCUGCGACGGGCGCGACUACGCCGAAAACCAGGCCACACUCACCAACAAUCUCUCCCGCACCAUGGCCAAUAUCACCAGCAACGACCAGACCGCCACCCUCCGCCUCUGGGGAGACAACAUCAAGAUCUACAACCUUAACAUCGCAAACACCUUUGGCCAGGCUGACAAGAACGGCAUGGCCCUGGCCGUCAGCGCGCAGAAGACCAACCUCGGCUUCUACGCCUGCAAGAUUACUGGAUACCAAGACACCGUCUACGCCAACGAGGGAAGACAGAUCUACGCUAAGACCCUCAUUAACGGCGCUGUCGACUUCAUCUUUGGCCUGCGCGCCGCUGCCUGGUUCGAGAAGUGCGACAUCCAGACCAUCGGAAAGGGCUACAUCACCGCCAAUGGUCGCGACGCCGCUAACAACACCUCCUUCUACGUCUUCAACAAGGCCAACAUCACCGGCACCAGCGGAACGGCCUCCGUCACCCUCGGUCGUCCCUGGAGACCAUUCUCCCGUGUGGUCUUCCAGCACAGUGAGAUGAGCGACGUCGUUGCCCCCGCUGGCUGGUCUAUCUGGGAUAAGACGCAGAGCACGGCCGAUGUCUACUACAAGGAGUUCCAGAAUACGGGUCCCGGUGCGGCGGGUGUCAGGGCCAACUUCAGCUCCACGCUUACCAAGGCUGUUCAGGAUGUCGAACUUCUUGGCGAGGGAUUCAAGAAGGAGUGGUGGGUCGAUGCUUCCUACUUGUAAGCAGGGAAACCGGUUUUUUUUUUUAAAAAAAAACGUAGCAUACUUGAUUAUUAUACGAAAAGUUUAGUCAGCGAAAGAUAUUCUAUCAAAGCACAUACUCCAAUUCCAAAAUGCGGAUGGGGCAUAGUUCUCACUGUCAAGUAUUUACCAAAACUCAAUAAUCCAUUGCAAGCAA